GCAAAACAGAGAGAGGGGAAGUUCACAGUGCAAAUACAUAGAGAGCCAGUCAACCACUCAACCUCACAUUCACAUGAGAGAGAGAGAGAGAGAGAGAUGUGCGGACGAAACUGAGCAGUAACUGAACAUCGAGCUGGCUCUGUUAGAACAGUUAUUUAGUUAUCAGGAACAGUGCAUACUGACAUUGAGAUUUAUGUGUGUUUGUAAGGAACUGGACUGGAAUCUGGAUUUAAUAUUGGAUAUGACACUCUACUGACAUAAAUAUGGAUUGGACUUCAUGGAUUUCUUUUUUGGUUGUAAUAAACGCCCCAGUUUAUAUAGGAGGUGAGCCACUGGAAUUAAAUGUGACGUUAGACAUAUGGGAGGGAAAUGUAACUGUGCUCUGGGAUCCCCCUAAAGGAGCCCCCGUAUAUGCCCUUUAUCAAGUAAAGACAGCACUAUAUAUGCAAGCUAAUGCUAAAUGGGACAUUGUGCCAGAGUGUAACAUGACUACAGAAACUAGAUGUGAACUUGGGAACUUUAUAUCCAAAUCAACAACGAAAAUAAAGAUUGGACUGUUUAAAGGAAAUUACAACUUUUCCUGGUCAGCAGCAAGACGAAUUCGUUUAUAUGACAGCAAAUUGUUGGCUCCAGAGUUUGACCUCUCUUCCUCCCCUAAUGCGGUGAAGGUUAAGAUUUACAGAAAGCCAUUUCUCAAUAAGCUAUUUGAUUAUGGACCAAUUUACUCUGUCUUUCUGUACCCAAAAGGACAGGAGAGUCAGGCUUUAACAGUAACUGAUGAUGAUGAAGAUGGAGAUGUGGAGUUCACAUCAUUAGCGUUAUGGCAGGAGUAUUGUGUCCAAGUGAAAGUGGAGAUGGUAUCUAGUGGUGUGAGCAACACCUCAUUACCACGCUGCAUAUAUCCAUCAGCAGAUGCGUCCCUGGUGAUCUCCAUGGCCGUUAUUGGUGUAGUUGGAGUCAUGUCUUUCUUCAUGUUCGCAGUCUGUUUCUUCCUGAGGCGUCCUGGUAAAAUGCCAGCUGUUCUGAAAUCUGCUGUGAAUGGAUGGAACCCUAUGAAUGUCGGACUGAUCCAAGUGGAAACAGUCACUGACAAGGGAUGGCUCCUGACUAGCAACAAAAUGGUGGGAAAGAGUAAAGCAUUUGAUGAGAACAAGGAACUUUUGGAGGAGGACAAAGAGAGAAGAGAGAGUACAGACAGUGGAGUGAGUGUCGGCCAGCAGCAUUCGAUUAAGAACCGAGGACCAGACGGACUUACGGGACAGGAAGACAGUGGCUGUGGCAGUCUGACAGGCACAGAGGACAGCCUCAGCAGUGGAAGAAGAAGCCUGGAAGAGCUCCCUUUUCUAGAUGGUGAAGUAAAUAGCAGCAAUGAAAGUGAAAGAAAAGAGGACAGUGGCUUGGGAAUCGGAGACCAGGAUGCUUCCGACAAUCUCAAGGGAACGGAUGGUGACCUCCUGUCUGAGAUACUAGUAGUUGGGGAUGGAUAUCGUAGUCAGAGUCCUUCAGCUGAUGCUGAAAGCGAGGCCACCAUCCCAUGUGAUGAAGACACCAACAUGGCCAGUCCUAGCAGUGGCUAUCGGUCUGGUCAUGUGACGUGCUUGUGUUCUGAAAUUGAGACUUGCAUGUGGUGCAAAACCAGGAUUCUCCUAACAGACAGUGAUUCGUUGUCUCAUGAGCAAUCCAGCUGUACUUUCACAACCGAUAAUGAAAAUGACAGACCAGACUACUUGAUAAAAUCUCCUUUACAGUCUGUGAAUGUAUCAGGAUUGGAAGAUUCGUCCUUCCAGUCAGACGAGGACUGCGGCGAGUCAUCGCUUUUUAUCACUUGUCCACUACUUCUACAAGAACCUUGCCAGCUGGACACUUUGCCUCUUAAAUUAGGAGACGUAGAACUGACAUUCACGUGAGAUGGAAGACAUUUUCAUGAUUGUGAAAGCACUGAACAAAGCGUAUCAGCUUCUCCUCAUGCUGUUUGUCCAGCGGAGAGAUGCUAAAUAUGGCUGUGCCGCUGAUACUGGGCUGUCAGAAGUGGGGCUGCCCAUCUGUGACUUCCUGCAUGCAUAUGGUCAUAAUUUUGCCCAUAUGCCGUCUGUAGAGGAGACAUUUCAGCUUCUAUUUUAGUGACCAAGAGUGAGAUACUAUCAGAAUACGAUGACGAUGACGCUGAGUCUAAACUCAUGUAUCUCCCCCACCGUUGAUACAGUGACUCAAUUAUGUUACACUCUCAAAAAACGGCAGGAGUUUUUGCAGCAUUGCUUCAGAAGAAUCAUUUUAGGUUCCCCAAAGAACCUUUAAGUGAUCAGUUCUUAAAAUAAGCAUUUUUUUUUUCUUUUCAUUUUUUCUUGAUAGUUCCAUGAAGAACCUUUAAUAUCCACGGAACCUUUCCAUGGCACAAAAGGUUCUCCAUAGUCAAAAAAAAAAGCUUUUUUGAAAGUAAAAAGAAAGUAACCAUUGUUCUUCUGAAAGUUUCUUUGGGGAACUUCUAUGAGAUCACUGCAAAAACACCAUUUUGGAACCUUUAUAUUUAGGAGUGUAGUGUGAAGAACAUUUUAAAUAUUGAAAAGCUUUUUUCACUAUAAAGAACCUUUUGUGCAAUGUUAAAAGGUGCUUUGUAAAACCUUCAAUGACAAUAAAAAACCUGUACAUACA